AUGUUUCUGAAAGCAGAUAAAGGAGAAAAACGGCCCUUGAGCUGUAAAACAAGAGGUUCUGAACGUAUGCGCUGUAAAACAAGUGGUUCUGAACGUAUGCGCUGUAAAACAAGAGGUUCUGAACGUAUGAGCUGUAAAACAAGAGGUUCUGAACGUAUGCGCUGUAAAACAAGUGGUUCUGAACGUAUGCGCUGUAAAACAAGAGGUUCUGAACGUAUGCGCUGUAAAACAAGAGGUUCUAAACGUAUGCGCUGUAAAACAAGAGGUUCUGAACGUAUGCGCUGUAAAACAAGAGGUUCUGAACGUAUGCGCUGUAAAACAAGAGGUUCUGAACGUAUGCGCUGUAAAACAAGAGGUUCUGAACGUAUGCGCUGUAAAACAAGAGGUUCUGAACGUAUGAGGUGUAAAACAAGAGGUUCUGAACGUAUGAGGUGUAAAAUAAAAGGUUCUGAACGUAUGAGCUGUAAAACAAGAGGUUCUGAACGUAUGCGCUGUAAAACAAGAGGUUCUAAACGUAUGCGCUGUAAAACAAUAGAUUCUGAACGUAUGAGCUGA